UUCCAGCCAUCAAGUGAGGGAGACUGCACGAACGAGAUGCUAGCAAAGCAUUCUUCACCAGCAUGGCCAAAUUGCAUAAAAAUGCCAAACUACAUAACUGUGGUUUAUUUGUGCUUAAGUCACAUCCAUAUAUAGGUGCAAGUCCUGACAAUAUGUUCUCCUGUUCUUGCUGUCAGAAUGCCUGUGUUGAGUACAAGUGCCCAUACUCAAUUAAGGAUCAAAAAGUAGAAGAGGGCUACAAGAACACAGACUUCCUUGAAACAUGUGACGGGAAAUUGCAACUGAAACGAAGCCACAAGUACUUCUUCCAAGUGCAAGGCCAAAUGGCUCUGACAGGACUCCAAACAACCUAUUUUGUAGUUUGGACUUUGAAAGGUCAACCACUAGUUGAAAAAAUUGAUUUUGAUAUAAAUUUGUGGAAAGAUAUCAUUGCCAAACUUGUUAUUUUUUUCAAAGGUUACGUUCAAAGGGUGCUGUUGGGUCUCAGACCCCUUUGCUUUUGUUUGGUUUGUGAGAAACCAUGCCUGGAACCUGAAGAGUUUGACUGUGGAAACAGUGAAGAGAGUAUUCAGUGUGAGUCUUGCCAAAUAUGGUGACACUGUGUAUGUGUCGGCAGUAGUAUAAAACAUAAAACACUGUCAGCAUUCUACAAAGCUGAAAAUUAAUUAAUUAAUAAUAAGUUCUUAUAUAGCGCAUUAAAAUUUAACUCUAUG